AUGAUUUCAAUACGGCGAGCAGUUAACAAGACUGCGCCAUCAAUAAGAACUUCAACAUUUCCCAUAAGAAAGAAUAUUGUCAUCCGAUCAUUAACGGCGACAACCCCUCCAAAUCCUUGCAGGCAAUGGCGUGAAGAGACAAACCAACCUCGAACGAGAGUGAAUACCCGAUACUUUUCCAAUUCAACCAAUACCUCCCCAGCCCUCACUCUACACAACCAAACGGUCGAGAAAAUAUCCGCGAAUGUACGACAAUUCUACGAUCGCAAAGAGAAAUUCCGUAUCAAUCAUGGUUCUACGAAUAGUACACGAAACAAUGCCAAAGGCAAAAACAUAAUCAAUAUUGGCGGGUUAUCGCAUGUAUUGGAAGUCAAUCCUACAACGCAGACAGCAUGGGUGGAACCAAAUGUGCCAAUGGAUAGAUUGGUAGAGGAGACAUUAAAAUAUGGACUUGUGCCGCCAGUGGUCAUGGAAUUUCCAGGAAUUACUGCUGGAGGAGGAUAUGCGGGGACAUCGGGUGAGAGCAGUUCUUUUCGACAUGGUUUCUUCAAUGAGACGAUCAAUCGGGUUGAGAUGAUUUUGGCAGAUGGUCAGAUUAUCCAAUGUUCGAAUACCGAAAGGCCUGAUUUAUUUCAUGGUGCGGCGGGAGCAGUCGGAAGUAUGGGGGUUACGACGUUGGUAGAGUUGCAGUUACAAAAGGCGAAGAAAUAUGUCGAGACUACAUAUCAUCCGGUGUCUGAUAUGCCAGACGCAAUCAAGAAGAUCGAAGAGAUGACUGCAGAUCCAACCAUUGAUUAUGUGGACGGAAUUAUGUUUUCGAAAAAGAAGGGUGCUAUUGUUACUGGUCGUUUGACAGAUACCCCGACGGAGAAUACUCCAGUACAACGAUUUAGUAGUGCUUCGGAUCCUUGGUUCUACAUGCAUGUAGAGUCUAGUAUAGACAGCAGCCAAUUCUCCCCCAGGUUCGCCAUACCUCUCGCAGAAUACUUCUUUCGAUAUGAUCGUGGAGCAUUCUGGGUAGGUGCUUCAGCCUUCAAAUACUUCUCAUUCCCAUUCAACAAAUUCACCCGUUGGUUCUUGGACGACUUUUUACAUACACGCAUGCUUUAUACUGCACUUCAUACCGCCGGAAUGCCACCCGGGUAUAUUGUCCAAGAUCUCGCACUACCAUAUUCUACCGCCACGGAAUUUGUAGACUACACCGACGAAUAUUUCGGUAUUUACCCCUUAUGGCUCUGCCCCCUAAAGCAAAGCCCAAUGCCAACCAUGCAUCCUCACUCCGCCUCCUACGAAGCCGACGGUAAAACUCUCAAGCCACUUAUGAACAUUGGUCUCUGGGGCUAUGGAAAAGAAAAAGAUUUAGUAAAAGCCAACAUCAGUCUCGAGAAAAAACUCAAAGAGCUCGGGGGUAUGAAAUGGUUAUACGCACAAACCUACUACAACGAAGAACAAUUUUGGGAAAUGUAUGAUCGCAAAUGGUACGAUGGACUGAGGGAGAAAUAUGGAGCUACCACCUUACCAAGUGUUUAUGAGAAAGUCAAAGCGGCGCCAAAAACAGAUGUGGCGAAGACGCUGAGCAUUUCGGAAAAGAUCCUGAAAGCAUGGCCUAUUAGUGGAUUCCAUGGUAUUUAUAAGGCGAUUCAAAGUAAAACCUAUUUAGCAGCGAGGGCUUCGGCGUGGAAGACUCUUGAUAUAGUGGCGAAUAAGGAGAAGGAAUCUCGUUGA